AUGUCUCCCGCAUCCUCAAUCCACGAUCCGGGCGACCCAACGCAGCCACUUCUCGCCAACCAGCGCCGCCGCACCAGCACGUUCAACUUCUUGCCUAGAUUCAAUGGCGAGCGUCGCGUAUCGCCCUUGGCGGUGAGACGCGCCUCCCUACAGGAAGUCCAUCCGCAUCACGCAGAUGUCGAGCCCGUUCUCCCAGCCGCGCCCGUCGCGGCUCACGAGGAAACCCGUCUUCACAAGCCUCAAUGGGCUUUGAGUGACAGGCCGCCCAAUACAUGGGCCCAGAUCCGACACUACUGGCGUGAGGAAUUUGCUGAAUUUUGGGGCACCUUCAUGAUCCUGCUCUUCGGCGCCGGAGUCGAGUGCGAGACGCGUCUCAACUACAAAGGCUCCGACAUCCGCUCCAACGCCGGCGACUUCCUGCAGUGUCGCCUCGCCUGGGCAGCCGGCGUGUCCAUGGCCGUGUGGAUGUCCGGCGGCGUCUCGGGCGGCCACUGCAACCCGACCGUGACCCUCGCCCUCGCCCUCUUCCGCGGCUUCCCCUGGCGCAAAGUACCCGGCUUCCUCAUCGCUCAGGUCCUUGGCGCAACCUUGGCCAGUCUCGCCGUCUACCUCAAUUACUCCACCAGCAUCGCCGCUUACGAGGGCAGCACGAACCGCACCCUCGUCGGCGAGCACGCCACCGCGGGACUCUUCUUCACGUUCCCUGCCGCGGGUCUGCCGUACCUGGGCGCGUUCUACACCGAGUUUCUCGCCUCGGCGGUGCUGAUCGCCAUUGUGUUUGCGCUGGCUGAUAAGAACAAUCUGUCCCCGCCCAAGGGUACCCAGCCAUUCGCCAUGUUUCUGGCGCUGUUGGCGAUCGGCUCCGCUUUGGGCAUCAACACUGGGUAUGCCAUGAACGGCGCCCGUGAUACAGGCCCGCGUAUUGCGCUGGCCAUCGUCGGCUACGGGUCUGCUGUUUUUACGCAUGACUACUACUACUGGCUGUGGGCUCCUUGGGUCGCUGCGAUCAUUGGCGGUGUUGUGGGUGCGUGUGUGUAUGAUGGUUUCGUGUAUACCGGAAGGGACUCGCCUUUCAACAUUCCCCGCAAAGAGGAUGAUUGA